AAAAGAGAGAGAGAAAAACAGUUUGCGAGUGGCUCUCAAAAAUCGGAACGUCAAUACCGGCGGUGAUUUACCGAACUUAAUCGAUCAGUUUCCUUUCAUUCUCCUCUCCCUCUUUCGUCUCCCACUCCUCACCAUCCUCUCUAACAAGGGAAAAAAGAAGCAAACAAACGUUUCUGAGUUUGUAAAAGAUUUGAGGGUGGGAAGAUAAAGCCUAAAUGGAGGCAACCGGUCUCCUUACUCCCGUCGUACAGUACAUGGUCCAGCUAGUCGAUGAGCAAGCAAGACUCGUUGGUGGAGUGAAGGCUGAAGUCACUUCACUUCAGGUGGAGCUCGAUUUCAUAUCUAACUACCUGGAUACGUCCGGGGGCAAGCGGAAGGAGCAUCCCAUAUCGAAGGUGGUAAUCGGCCAAAUCAGGAAGAAGGCUUACGAGGCUGAGGAUGUAAUCGACACUUUCAUCCUCGACACCUCAAAUCACACCAGGAGGAACAUGGUGGAGAAGAUGAUCCAUGGGUCUAACCACGCAAAAAAGCUUCUCGAUCUAGCAAGGAGGAUAGAAAGCCUCAACAAAGAAAUCAAUCAAAUCUUCGACAGUAGAACGAAGUACGCCGGUGAAGGAGCUGAAGCUAGUGGAGGUGCAGAUUCCGAAGAGGCAUUGCACAGACGUAGGAAAGAAGUCGAAAAAGAUGACGUGGAAGGCUUCGAUAACAACUUAAUGGCAAUGGAGAAGCUUUUUAGUGCGAACGGUGCUGAGCUUGAUGUCAUUUCAAUCAUCGGCAUGGGUGGUUUGGGGAAAACAACUCUUGCCAGAAAAAUCUACCACACAACUGACUUCAGGAGUCGCUUCCCACGCCGUGCAUGGAUCGAUGUAUCUCAACUUGACAAAACUAAAGAGCUGUUGCUUAAAAUUUUGAAGGAAAUGCCAAUACCAGAUGAGUUGAGAAGAAAUCUCGAAGGCAUGGGGGAGGAUGAAUUGAAAGAGACGUUGUCCAAAUACUUGAAAGGGGAAAAGUACCUAGUAGUCAUGGAUGACAUCUGGAAAACUGAUUUUUGGGAUGAGGUAAGAUCUGUAUUUCCUAAUAACUCUAAUGGAAGUAGAAUAUUGAUCACUAGUCGUAAUAAAGAUGUGGUUUUCAAGGCAAGUCAUACUCCUCCUUACAUUCUUCCAUUUCUCAAUAAAGAUGAAAGCUGGAAACUCUUUCAUAAGAAGGUGUUUCGAGGAGGAAAAUGUUGUCUCAAGUUAGAGCCUCUGGCGAGAGAACUAGCAGAAGCCUGUCGUGGCUUACCGCUUUCAAUUGUUGUAUUAGGGGGCAUUUUAGCAAACGAAAAGCAGGAAUUGCUAACAUGGUCGAAAUUUAUCGGGGUAAAUCGCCACCUUACUCGAUGUAAAGACAUACUUGCCUUGAGCUAUACUCACCUGCCUCAGUACUUGAAGCCGUGCUUUUUGUAUCUUGGUGCAUAUCCCGAAGACUUUGAGAUUUCUGUAAGGCAAUUGAUCAACCUAUGGAUAGCUGAGGGUUUCAUACAACACACUCACAAUAUGGAUACGGAGGAUGUUGCUGAAAACUACUUUGAACAGCUCAUUAAUCGAAGCUUGAUUCAAGUAGCUAGCUGGAGGACAGACAGAAGAUCAGCAAAGACAUGUCGUAUACAUGAUCUUCUACGAGAUCUUUGCUUAUCUCAUAGCGCAGAAGAGAAGUUUCUUGAGGUCCGUACGGAAGUUAACCAUUUAGUUGCCAACAAAUCCCGCAGACUUUCCGUCCAAGGUAGCAUUGAUUCAUAUAUUUCUUCAAACCCUUCUCACUCUAUAUUGCCCCGUUCUUUGUUGUUUCUCGGCCAAGAGACGAAUGAUUUUGAUCAAAACCACAGUAACCACUGGACAUGGGUCCACAAAAACUUCAAGUUGGUUCGGGUGCUUAAUUUUGGAUGUGUAAAUCUCUCCAUUCCUCCGACCCCAAGCAUAGGAAAAUUUUUCCAUUUGAGGUAUUUGGGUAUAAAAUCUGAUGCAUUAAAAGUUAUUCCAACUUCCAUUUGCAACCUCACGAAUCUAGAAACGCUGGACAUGAAAGGCACUUUUCUGAAUCGUUUGCCAAAAGGGAUAUGGAUGAUGCGGCGCUUAAGGAAACUAUAUAUGUCUGGGCCGGUGAGUUUUCCUAACAAUUUAGACCCAGACAUUAAAGCUCUGUGGAACCUUCAAGUCCUUUCCACUGUAUCUCUUACGCCACAAAAUGUGGGUCUAAUUGUCAAGGCCGAGCUUGCUAAUAUAAGGAAAUUAGGAAUAUGUUUUGCGUCUGACGAUAGCAACAACGAAGUAGUUUUGAAAAGUCUCAUCGACUUGCCUCAUCUUCACACAUUGAAAAUUAUAAGUUGUUCAGAGCGUCCUGGUUUUCCGAUUUCAUUUUCGUCGAAAAUCACCAAAAUAACUUUACGAGAAGUGACCUUCGAUGACAGUGGCUUCAUGAAAGUGCUAGGCGAACUUCCCGGUCUUCUGAUUAUGAAACUACAAAGAAUAUGCUUGUGUUCUAGGAAUUACCUCGAAGUGAUUGAAGGUUCAUUCCCUCGACUCGAAGUCAUGAAAUUGGAAAAUUUGCAAACUAAAGAAUGGAAACAGGAGAAAGGCGCAUUGUCAUGUCUAAAGCAUUUGGUUAUCAAAGAAUGCACUGAGUUGACCGUCCUCCCUUCGGAACUCUGUAGUUUGCAUGCUUUGCGCGAUGUGGAUGUCUUACGGAGCAGCAUAGAAUCAGUAAUUACGCUUCAAAAUUUACAGAAGAAUCUUGGGUUCAAUCUAUUGAUCGAUCCUCUUCCAGGUGACAACUUCUAUCAAUGAACCGUGGUAUCUCUGAUGACUUCAUAGAGAGCUAGCAUGCUGAAUUUCGAUGGAAACGAAAAUGAUCAAGUUAAUUCCUUUCGACUGCUGUUACAAGGCUUUCCCAUUCAAUAAUUCUUGUUAUCGGGUUCAUGCAUGGAAUAGCGUUACCGACGGUUUCCGAUCCACAUUCAAUUGCUGUUUUUCGAUCUUGGUUUGCUUCCUCUGUUGCUGCUGCUGCUUCUCAUUCUGUAUUCUCCUCCCACUUUUUGUGGUUUCACGUACUUUGUUGUCGGUGAUUAUUGAAGUUAUCUAAGGAAUCAGAGGGUUUCUAACAAAAACAAAAGGAGAUGGAAACAUUGGAAUGUUCAUUUAAAUGAAUUUUAAUAAUUUACGACACUGUUUUUGCUUCCAUUUAAGGUUUAAGGAUGAAGG